UUUUAAUCGUCCCUACAGCUCAACGCCUCUCUCUCUAUCUUCUACAAGCCGGCGAGGGAAGGAAAACCUGAGAGGGUGAAAAAUGCCAGCUGGUCACGGUCUCCGAUCUCGGACUAGGGAUCUGUUUUCCAGACCCUUCAGAAAGAAGGGUUACAUCCCAUUGUCCACUUACCUCAGGACCUACAAGAUCGGUGACUAUGUUGACGUCAAGGUAAAUGGCGCCGUUCACAAGGGUAUGCCCCACAAGUUCUACCAUGGCCGCACUGGUCGUGUCUGGAACGUCACCAAGCGCGCCAUCGGCGUUGAGGUCAACAAGCAGGUUGGUAACCGGAUUAUAAGGAAGAGGAUUCAUGUCAGAGUGGAGCAUGUUCAACCUUCAAGGUGCACUGAGGAAUUCAAGCUGAGGAAGCUGAAAAAUGAUCAGCUUAAGGCAGAGGCCAAGGCAAGGGGUGAGGUGAUUAGCACAAAGAGGCAGCCUGAGGGCCCAAAACCCGGUUUCAUGGUAGAGGGUGCGAUGUUGGAAACUGUUACUCCCAUUCCAUACGAUGUUGUUAAUGAUCUCAAGGGUGGCUACUAGAUCUACUCUGUUUUUUUUGUCUUGCCGUUUUUGGUUUACCCUUUGCAUAACUUAAGUAAGCCUUGAUAGUUAUUUUGGAUGUGUUGUUUUCGAUUUGUAGUUUAUUUGAAGAGUUACUGCUUUUGAAAAGAUUUUAAUCUUAUCAAUCAUUUUAACUUAGAGAUAAAAGGAAUUCCUUCAA